AUGUUGAAUGACGACGUGAACAAUAAGCUCCUAAUCGGGCAGCAGCUUGAGAAUUCUGUGCGCGCCAUCUUCGACCGGAAGGAGGAUGGGCCGGAUCAGGGGGAGAAGGAAGACGAUGAGGAUGGCGGCGGGGGCGGCGGCAUAGACUGUGAUACCGAUGGCGACAGAGAAAAGGAAGGCCAGGACUUGUCUGGUGAGACACAAAACCGGAAGGUGGAUGGCCAUGUCUCGGGGGUAUUUGUGAAAACCCAGGGCCAGACCGCCUGA